AUGGUGUUGACAUCAAACAUAAUAACUUGUGAUGUUGUCGAAACUGCAACACAUAUUAAGAAUCUUGUCGCAACCGCAACCUACCAGAAUUUAAAACUGUUUCACAACUAUCCAUGGACUCAGUUUCUGCAACUUUUCUCGCUUAAAUUUGCCAACAAGGUAGAUUCUGACAUAGAAAUUGAUGAAGAUAACAAGAACACCAGUGUUGAGAACAGAAUUGAAAACCCAGGCACCAAUUCCAUUACAGCCACCUUUGAAAAAGAAAUGAAUCAAGAAAAGUCCAACAUGACAGGCCACGUUACACCCCAUCAACACAACCUGGCAGUUCAAGAUGAAUGGAAAACAAGCCGAUCGGAGUCCGAUUGCAGUCCAGAAUCUGUAACCGUAAACCAGAGAGUAGACGAGGGUCGCGAAGAGGAUCGCGAGAACUUGAAAGGAUUGCGAGAAUUCUAA